AUGGACCAGCGUUGCGCUGUAGCGGCCGCCCGGCACUUUGACGUGCGCCGCGCCGCCGCCUCGGAAGCGCCCGCCGCGCCCCGCGGCUUCGCCGCCCUGCGCCCCGGCGGCGGCGCGGCGCCGCCCGAGGUUCGGCAGCUGGUCAGCUUCUCCCUGCAGCCGCUGCUUGACAGGGUGGCGUCAGGCACCCGCCUGGAGGAUGGCGGCACCCCUGGCGGCGUCCAGCCGCCGCCAGUGGUGCAGCAGCUGCUCGCGGCGCGCCGCGCGCUGCGCGGGCCGGACGCCGCCCGCGGCGAGGUGCCCCUGCUGCUGGGGCGCGUGUCGCCGCAGCUGGCGGCCUGCCUGGUGGCUGACGUGGCGGUCGGCAUACUCUGCCCUGGGCAGCCUGUACCAGAAGAAACCCCUGAGAAUUUUGCAGUGCUUCAUGCGAUCCUGACGGUGGCAUCUGAGGCGCUCCGCGUGGAGGCCAUCGGCCUAGAGCACGUGUCAGGCGCCGACGUGGGCCACGCGGGCGGUGGCCCGGGCCUCCUGCACGCGUGCAAGCUUCUGCUGGCGCCGCCCCCGUCUGAGGUCGCUGCCACGGCGCUCCAGUCCUGCUGGCCACACGGGCUCAGCAACAACCAGCGGCGGGGACGCUCAGCGACGCCGGUGGGCUGCGCGGGCGGCGCCGGCGGCGAGCGGCGCGGUCUCAAGGCUGCUGGUGGGGAGCAGGGCGCGCUUGUCCCGCCGGCACCUCCCUGCAUUGCCGCCUCCGAUGCUCCUGCAGCCGCGCCAGGGGCGGCAACCUGCAGGGAGCGGGCAGCGGUGCUGGUGCAGCAGCUGUCGGCGGCGGCAGCGGCCGCGCGCCAAGCGGCACUGCUGUCCUACGCAUCGAGGCGCGGCAGGCCCCAGGCCCCCGCUGAGCUGGCGGCGCUGUUGGAUUGCGCAGUUCAGAUAGACGCGCUGUCAAAGGCCAUGAUCUCUGAUUUGGAGCGGCGCCCAGAUCUGGCCGGCCGGCUGCAGGCGCGAUCCGGCGCGCGUUGGCCAGUGAGGGACGACGGCGCGGCCGGCAGCAGCUGCGGGGGCGACGACAGUCACAGCAGGGGCGAGCCCUGGCGGCGCGAGGCGGGGCCCUGCGAGGCGUCGUCAGCCGCGGGCGAUGAUGACGAGGCUGAUGCGUUUGUACGGCUGGCAGAGUUGUUGGAGGGCAAGGCCUCGGAAAUGGCUCGGCUCCGCCACAGCUUCGCGCACUGCCUCACCCAAACGGGCGCGUCCCCCGACCCCGCGCCGCCGGCGGCCGCGUCUCCGGCCGCCGCCGCCGCCGCCGGCGCCGCCGCUGCGGACGCAGGCGACACAGCGCUCGGCCUUGAGGCGCUCGCGGCGCACGUGUUUGGCUCCGAGCCGGCGUCCGUUGUCGAAGACCCUUUGGCACCGCGGCUGUCGCCCGACCUGCAAUUCUCUUAUGAGUUGGACUGCGCCCGGCGCGUCCAGCUGCACCUGCUGCGCUCCGCGGCCCGCGAAGGCGGCGGCAGCGCCGCCGGCCAAGGCGACGUCAGCGGCGCGGCCGGCCGGGCGAGCGGCGCGGGCUCUUUUCAGCAGUGUGUAGGAGGGCACGCCGCGGUGGAUGCCAGGGAUGAGGAGGAGUUUCAGGACGCGUGCGCGGACCUGCACAGCUUCCUGCAAGACCAGGCGCUGGGCAGCGGGGAGCGGUCGCGCGCGCCUGCGCACCUUGGCGGCGGCGGUGCUCCUGGGUGGCGCAAUCGACGGAAUGCUGAGAACUGCAGUUGGGGCAGCGACAGCGACGGCGACAGCGAGGACGAGGGCCACGGGGUUGACCAGAAGCAGGGGAAAGGGGCUCGGGGCCGCCGUGGGGGGUCGGCAGGCGCGCCAACGCCGUCCGCGCUGCUGCGGGGGCUGCUGCGGGACCUAUCAUUUCCCUCGCUGGGCGCGGCGUACGAGCUGCUGCUGCGGCGCGCCGCGCACCACGCGGCGGCCUUUUACAGGGAGGCGCCCGCGCGCGUCCGCGACCCACCCGGCACUGGUGGGGCGGCCAUGUAUCACAGCCCUCUGCUGGCCAGUGGUCACUUUCGGCUACUGCUCAAAGAUGUCCAGCAGCUGGCCUUCGCUGCGGAAGAGCGCCCGCCGCAGCGCGCGACCACCAGCGCCGACGCAGCAGCGACGCAGGCGGCGCGCUCCGCGCCGCGGCCCCGCCUGGGGCUCAGGGAGGCGCUGGCCGCGCCGGCGCCGCGGGCCGCGGCCGGUGGGCGCGACGGCGUCGUCGGCUGCGCGCCGGGCUGCCCCUGGUGCGCCGCCGAGGCGAAGGAGCAGCAGUGGCUCGCGCGCCAGCAGGGCACGUCCGAUGAUCAGGGCUUGGGCGGCUCCUUCAGGGGCGGCCCAAACGGCACUCGCAGCGGUGGCAACGGCAGGGACAGCGGCGUCGCAGGCGGCGGCGGGGACGACGGCGCGCUGGGCUCAUCUUUCCCGGUGCCGUUCGAGUCGCCGUUCAUGUGGCGUCGCUUGUGGUGGGCCCUGCUCGGCCGCCUCGCGCCGCGGCUUCGCGACCGGCUGGCCUCCGAGGCCGGCAUGUGCCCCCACAGCUGCUGCGGCGCCCUCUGGCAGUGCGUGGCGAUCGGCGUGUACGAGGCCGUCGUGCAGAGCAGGGAACCCCGCGAUGCCGCGCUCAUGACUGUGCAAGGCGCGGCCAGCGGGUCCAAGGAGGGGCCACCCCACGUGGAGGCAGCGGCAGCCGCGUACGCGCGCGCCCUCGACGCCGCGUUUGAUGAGGCCUACUCGCCAGCCCGCGUAGUGCUGGCCUGCCGCAUGGUGGAGGCGCUCGGCCCAAUGGAGCUCUCCUGCCACCCUGCCCCCGAAACUGCCGCCCUCUGGCCGGCCCUCGCGGGCCGCGCAAUCUCUCGCGCGCUUACGGAGCAGAUCGGCGGCCCAGCGGCGUGGGCGAUCGGCCCGGGGCCCGGGCGCGCCGUGCUGGGGCCCGAGGAUGAGGGAGAGGGUGCGCCGCCAAUGUGCGCAGCUUGGUUCCACCUGCGGAUGCUCGGCAUGGCCGGGCGGGGCCGCGGGGGCACCGAGGCCGCCGCGGCCGACGCGCGGCGGGCGGGCGUUGCGGCGGGGCUCGCGCGGCGGCUGAGGGGGUGCUGUGACGAGGACGGACGGCGGCGCGAGCUGGCUGCGGCGGCGAGGCGGCUGUACGACGACCCUGACCUGAGGUAUGACGCCGUGCUUUUUGCCACGCAACAGGCCUUCCAGCCAUUCGAUUUUGAGCGGCUGCGGCGCCAGGGCCACUACGUGCUGCUGCUGCCCCACCCCUGCGCCUGGACGGCCGGUGCCAGCGGCGGCGGGUGCGACCACUGCGGCGGCCCGCCCGCAGACCAGGGCGGCGGCGGCGGCGGCGGCGGCAGCGGCGGCGGCGGCGGCGGGCAAUGGUUCGUGUGCGCCGGCUGCGGCGUGGCGCGCUACUGCAGCGCCCGCUGCUGUGUCCUCGCCACUGUUGGAGUGCCGUCGCACUCAGUGCUGUGCAGGACACUGGCUUCAGCGACGGAGCACCUGCGCACGCCGGCGUUGCGGCCGGAUUCGGAGGGCGGCGCGAGGCGGCGGGGCCGCUCGGCCUCCAAGCCGGGGCGGGCGCGGGGGAGGCUUGGGCUUCGGAGGCAGGCCCGAGAAGGGGCCGGCCUGGCGCGGGAUCAAGGCGGCCGGGCUGGCCAUGGGUGCUGGCCAACGGAGGCAGUCAGUGUGGGGCCGGAGAUGCUGCUGAAUCCGAAAUUGCUGCGGCUGCUGGGCAAUUAG